UUUAUAACAAUAUAUUAUCAAUAAUUUCGGAUAAAAAUACUAAAUAAUAUUACAUAUUUUUAUUUUUCUAGUUCUGUCGUUCUAAAUUAUAACUAAUUAAGAAGUUGAAGUUAGUGAAGUUUAAAGUGUUUAAAGUUGUGGUAACUGAAAAAUCGCAUCGAGUAUCAGGUAGUGUUAUACCAUUUUAAAAACUACAAUGACCAACCAACUAUUAAAUACUGACGAAAAAUAUUUAUUGAAAAAUGGUCGGGUUCUUCUAAAAGAAAUGUUUGAUGGGUUAGCGUACACUUACCCUGAAUUUAAUGUAUACCCAGAGAGUCGAAUAGUUGGAUUAAAAUUGAAGUCAGAAAAACGCGUAUGUUUACUUGGAGGUGGUGGAGCGGGACAUGAACCCUACCCAUUUGGAUAUGUAGGUGAUGGGAUGUUAUCGGCAUCUGUGAGUGGUCACGUAUUUACAUGCUGCUCAUCUCUGAAUAUUUAUCAAGCAAUAAAAUACUUGAAUAAUUAUAAUUGCAAUGGUGGUAUUAUACUUAUCGUAGCUAAUUACACUGGUGAUGUUUUUAAUUUUGGAUUAGCCUGCGAAAAAGCAAAAAAAAUUGAUAAUAUUGAAGUGGCUGAAUUAAUAAUUGGUGAUGACUGUUCAAGGCCCGGUGGAAAAGUAGGCAAAAGAGGAAUGUGUGGUUUAUUGUAUGUUAUAAAGAUAUUAGGUGCGCUAGCUAAACGUGGUGAGAGUAUUGACAAUUUAUUGAAUAUUGGUAAAAAAAUUAAUGAAAAGUUAGCAUCACUUGGAAUAUGUGCAACUUCAUCAAAUGUACCAGGAAAUGAUCCAUCUUUUUUACUUGAAAAAGGCGAGUUUGAAUUUGGAGUUGGAUUGCACGGAGAAGCAGGGACUUCAAGAAUUAAGGCAUGUGAUGUGAAAGAUUUGAUCUGUUUAGCAGUAGAUAAAAUAUGUAGUACAUUGGGUUUAAAAGAAUUUAGUGUUAUUUGUUUGAUAGUAAAUAAUCUAGGAUUAGUAUCACAUAUUGAAUUGGGUGCAUUGGCUAAAUACACCAAAGAAUACUUUGAGCAACAAAAAAUUAAUAUUAGUCGUAUGUUUGUUGGAACAUUUCUUGUAUCAUUAAAUAUGUAUGGAUUUCAACUAAGUGUUAUUGAUGUGAGCGAUAACCCAGAAUGGAUUAAUUAUAUCGACGAAGAAACUUCUGCAUUUGCUUGGGCAGGAAAUCAUUUGAGUAUCAGCAGUUCAACAAAGAAAAGAAUACAAGAAAAUAUCAUUUCAUCAACUCUUGAUGACAUAAAUUCUAAAUUAGGUGUAUGUAUAUCAGAAAAAUCAGUCCUAGUAUUCAAAAAUAUAUUGACACAAAUAGGAAAAGAUAUUUUAAAAAAUGUUGAUGUUCUAAACAAACUGGAUCAGGAAAUUGGUGAUGGUGACAACGGUUCAACUAUUUCUCGGUUUGCUUCAGAAAUGUUAACAUCUCUAAAUAAACUUCCGUUAAGCCAUCCAGCUAGUGUUUUGUAUUCAUUAGCAUUCAUUUGUGAAGAUAAAAUGGGUGGUGCUUCAGGAGCUCUUUAUAGUUUAUUGUUGACGGGAGCUGCAAGUCAUUUGGCUUCUAAGGACUAUUUAGACUGGACAGGGGCAUUACAAAAUGCUCUAGAAACCGCUAUGAAAUAUUCAAGUGCCAGAAAAGGAGAUAAAACUAUGUUUGAUCCAAUAAUAGCAAUAUAUGAAGUAUUUCUGAAAUACAGUAACGUAAGUUAUAAAAUUAGCUCUAAAGAUUACAGAAACAUUUUAGAAAAAGCAUUACAGAAUGUACAAGAUGUUUGCAAAAAUGUAAAAGAAAUGAAAGCAGAAUUUGGUAAGGCUUCUUAUGUAGAAAGUGUUACAUCUGUUGGUAAAAUGGAUGCUGGAGCUCAUGGUGUAGCAGUAUGGUUUAACUCAAUAUAUACAGCAUACAAAAAUAACACAGAAUAAAAAAAUUAUCAAUUUAAAUAUGUAGUGUUAAAAUAAAAUAAUUAAUUGUAUUU